GGAUUCUGCAUUUCUAACCUAAUUUACAAUUUUUUUUUCCUCUUUAUACAAAUAUUUCACAUGCCAUUCCAAAAGUUUUCUAACAUGCAACAGAUUGAUUUUCUUAUGAUGAGUAACUAAAACCGUGUGGAAAUGGGAGUCAUUUGUGACGUUGUAAACAAGGAUUUCUUCAGGGAAUUCUGAGGGAGUCAUUUUUAGUGCCUAGAGGAAGGAAAAAACAGCCUUAACAAUGGCUUUUGGGGGAGGUCCAGAGUGGAAGGAAUGGAUUCCCCUGACUCCACUGCUAGACCAACUUCCUCAGCAAUUCCAGCGGGGGUUGGCAACAUCAGACCUUCAACUCACUUGCUUGGCCUCCUUGCCGCAACAUCUUGUGUUGGGGACCAAUGUAGGCUUGGUGUAUUUGGCUCAUCUUCCUUCUCUUAAUCUAAUGAGGCUGAAAUGUGAGAAUCCCUUAUCACCUAUAUCAAGUGUCAGUGGAGUUAGCACUGUGGAUGACAUGAUUGCAGCAGGAGCUCUUGAUGGCACUAUUACCAUUUUCCAAUUACCAAGAGUGGCUAAUGUACAGGGUAUUCACCCACCAAAUGCUGGUGUCCUUGGUUCAAGGGGAAUAUCUACAGUACAGCCAACUGUGAAACGCUUUACUGUUGGAAGCAUUCACAGUUCAAGAGUGACGAGCUUGACAUGGAGCAGAAAUGGCAUGCGACUGUUUUCUGGUGAUACACAUGGUGUUGUGUCAGUGAUUGACAUUAAUUACCAAACAAAUGAGUGUACUGCAAGGGAAUUAUUGAAAGAAGAAAGUAGCAUCACUCAACUGUCAUAUUCCUAUCAGCAGUUAGCUGUAUCCACCCUAGAAAGAGCCCUGAUUUAUAAUGUAACACAAGGAAGUGUGCAGCAGGUUGGUAUGAAGCCCAGAAAACACCCAGGCUUGUUUGGUUGUGUAUGGUCUUCUACAGUCUCAAGUGCAGACUCUGUUCUAUAUACCUCAAGACCUGGGUUACGUCUUUGGUCAGCCAAUAAUCAUGGUGAAGUCAUGCAUACACACAUAAUCAAGGAAUUGCCAGAUGUGGCUCAGAUGCAGCUUUUAAAUCCUAGUCUGGAAAAGCCUAGGGAUGGCGAAAGAUUUUCCUUUGGCAUAUUAUUCACACUUGGAACAUCUCACAUUGUUACUUAUAAUCCAAACUGGUUGUUUGUGAUAGACAUCAAUAAUUUAAAAGUAUCAAGCUACAGUGGACAAUUCAGACACAUAAGUGGUGUUGCUGUGUCUGAAAAGGAAAUAUUUGUGCUAGAAGGGUCGAGAAAUAUCAGCUGUAUCAGCACUGAGAAACCUAAUAUAGGGGAGAAAAGGAAACCAUUAAAUCCAAAAACUUCUCUUUUUCCUGAUACCCAGAAUCUUUUGGGCAUUAAGUCAAAAAUCAUGACACAAGGUUCGGGCUUCCUUGACCACAUUGCCCGCAUGAGCAGCAGUGUUGCUGCAAAAGUUCAGGAACAUGCUACUCCAACAAUUGUGACAGGCCAAAAUGGCAAGUGGCCAGCAUCACAAACUUAUGAUAGUUCUCAACUAGAUCCAGUUCAGCAUAGGCCUACUUCUCUUAAAGCUCAGCAGAAUAAUCUUUCCUCCUCCUCCUUGAACAUUGGCCCCAGCAGGCAGGAGCUUGGCCACCAGAGGUCUUCCUCAUCUGGAAUGAUACAGGAACCACAACAGCGCCCCUACUCCCCAAGUCUAAUACCUCCCAGAAUGGUUCAGUCUGUCAGCAGUUUCUUCCCUGCUCUUAUCUCUUCCCAGUCUUUGGUCAAGACAUUUGGCAAAACUCCUCCGCUGACUGAUGUGCCUGUGCCGGGAGAGCGCGAAGUUAUUGGGGAUUUGGAGGAGAUUGUCACAAGUUCUCAGAUUGUUGCUCAAGAGGGAGCAGAUGCUGAACCCUUAGUUAUGAGAGACAAGUCAAAGAAAAAGAACAAGAGAAGAUAUGAUGCAACACCGUCACCAGAUACCAUGAGUAUUAACAGCUACAGAUCCACACAGUCAGAUGUGAGUGAUGCUACUAGCAGUGAACUGCCUUCCAGUCCUUCAAUGGCCCUUUCUCACAGCUCUGUCUCACCGUCUCAUCGAGCAACCCCACAGGAUUUGUCAACAACGCUCACAGAGUGCAGCAACUUACAAGCAAUGGAAGAUAAUGGGGAAGAAAGAGUAGAAGUCGAUGGUGGAAGUAGGGUGUGUGGAGAUGGUAAAGAUCAUGCUCAGACUUCAGAAGAUGAGCAGGAACUUUGUGCAAAAGGAAGCAGUGACAAAGGAGAGAGUACCAGCCAUGAUACUGACUUUGAUUUAAAGAGUGUAGAUAACAGAACAUAUGAAGACUUCAAAUCUAAUAUAGAACAAAAGGAAAGUUUGUUAGCCGAGAUUCUUAAUCUUGGGUGUCUGAAGAUGGACCAUGAGAGUGCAAACAAAGGUGAAAAAAAACUGUAUGAGACUGAGAGUCGCCAUGGGAUUGAUAGGGAGCUUAGCUUUGAAAGUGGAGGAUGCUCAACCCCAAGCACAGUUAAGGAACAGUCCCCAGUACCAGAUGGACCCGUGUAUGAAGAUUUUUUCGCCCAGUUCUAUUCAGAAAAUAGUUUUAGUUCUUUUGAGAGUGGACCAGACUCAUCUAGUCAGAAAGUACAUGAUUCCAAUGUAGAAAACAGUUUUGAUGGAAAUUCACUAGGCAGCAAUGAUGGAGGAGAAAGAAUUGAGAGUAAUACUAGUGAGGAUCGGCUGAGUUGUCUGAGUUAUGGUCCUCCUUCUGGAAGUAGUCAUGUGUCUCUUCCUGGAAAUAGAUUCCACACUGAAAGCCAAGAAAAUGGUACAAAUGAACCUAGAACUAUGAUAACAGUGACAGACUCAUCAGAAGUGGCAGAUAUAAGUUGGUCAUACUCAACAGUGGAAUUUCAGGAUAAUCAUGAGUAUGAGAAUGAAGAAAUGACAGGUGGUUGGAUAAAACAGAAAAUUCCAAGCAGUGUGUUUAGUUUGAGUGUCUCUGAGAAUACAAUAACUUUCCUUGAUGACUGUGGUUGUUUGUAUUUUAAAAAUGUUAGUAAUGAUUCAAGCAGUCAGACUUGGAGAAAGGUGAAAUUGACCGCAAAAGUAACAGAUAUAUCGCUUUCUCCAAACAAUUCUGUUCUCUGGAUACGUUCUGAUGGCCAUGCAUACGCUGUUGGAUCUCCAGCCCUAGAAGUAGUUUCACCUGCAAAAAUGUCAUUAGCUGCUCGGAAUGUGAAGCAGAUGAGCCUUGAUGAUGAAUUGGCUUGGUACAUACGAGAGGAAGGACAGGUUUGUGUGCAGCUAGGAUUGAGCAGCCGAAGUCCAUGUGGUGUCGAAUACACCAUAUCAUGCAAGGAAUUCCAGCUGGUUAAAGUGGUUUGUCAUGCAAGAGUGGUUUGGGGCCUGACUGACAGAGGACAGGUAGCUUUCAGAAUAGGAGUGAGUACCCAGUCUCCCAUGGGGCAUGAAUGGGGCCUGAUGAAGAGCCAGGGACUGAAGGUCAAGGAUCUUGCCCUGGGACCUGGGAAUUGGGGAUGGAUUGUAGACACACAGGGCAAGGUCUAUUUCCGGGCUGGUGUGUGUGCUGAAAAUCCUCAGGGAAGGGAUGCAAAGUGGUGGCAGGUUGCUACAAGUGACUACAUGAUGGAACAAACCAGUGAACUAGGAUCUGCUAUGAUAAGUUUGUCAUCAAAAGGAAUCUAUUUAGCAGAGAGAGGGAAGAACUAUGUAUACAACCACAGUACAAAUGUGAGAGGCCAUGUUUGGAAUGUAUUUAGCAAAGAAGUUUGGUCAACUGUAUGUGCAGAAGGUGUCUACAUGGACCAGGGUGCAAUCUGCUGCCUGUCGCCAAAGGGUCAGCUCUUCAUUGUCAACCCCAACACUUCUAAUUAUGUG